AUGGUGAAGAUUAUCAUCAUUGGCGCUGGCAUCUCAGGCCUCAGCACAUACUUAUUCCUCCGCAAACACCUUCUUUCCCAGGACCCAUCUUCUGAGCAUGAGAUAAAAAUCUACGAGGCAUACGAUAUAUCAAAGUCACAUUUCAACACGGCACUGAACGGCACCAACCACCCGGACACCAGUUCUCGGUCCGCCAGGUCUGAAGAACUCGACACCCCUCAAACAAUUGGUUCCGCAAUCGGACUCUCGCGCAAUGGAAUCAGCGUUCUUUCCCAUCUGGACGAUGAGCAAGAAAGUCAGAAUACCGAACCAAGUCUGAUUGACCAAGUAGCCAUGCUCGGUCAUCCGAUCGCGAGAUGGGAAAUCAGCACGGCGCGAGGCUUCACACUUGCAGCGAUCAAUUUCGCCGCGAAAGCGGCCAAGUCCAAUUCUAAAUCAGCGGGAUCGCAAAAGGCCACGAGAAAGGACCACAAGUACCACGGCGUGAUGAUCGCACGACAAGCGUUCUGGGAAGUCCUCCGCGAUCGAGUCCUCAAAGUGGCGCCAAACGUGGUCAUUCAGAAGAAAGUCCUGGCCGUACUGAUUGGGAAUAUCAAUAGUCGAAGCAUCGUGACUUUCGCUGACGGAAGUCGAGAGGAAGCGGAUCUGGUGAUCGGUGCGGAUGGAUUGAGGAGUGUAGUAAGGAAAGCCAUGUUCAGUCAAAACCAACACCCCAAUAACACGGACACGGCAACAGGAACAAGAGCGGAAAGCGAAGGAGAUGCUCAAAGCGGGAGCGCAACGCAUAGGAGUCGGAGUGAGAUUGAGAGCAAUCGCGGCUGGGCAGAAAGAUGGUUCCCAUGCUUCUUCAAAACCACAAGCAAGAAUGCAAAGGAGGUCGACUACAUCACACCACAUUAUGAAAACCUAGUCGGCAUAGGCGGCUUCAUCCCUUCCCGCAUCCUACAAUCAACAGGCCACAAACCAGGCACCAUGUCCGUUGUCUUUGGGCCGAAUGGAUUCUUUGGCUAUGGGUAUUUAACGUCAACAUCGACGCCCCCCCCCACAUCCGCCAUCUCGACCAGCCCAUCACAUGAGGACCAAACCAAAGGCAGUGAUAACAACAAUAAUAUCUCCCUUCGGAGCCCCGGCCCCUUAGCAGGAUGGUGGUCAACAUUCUCUUCGCCCACGCCAAACCCGUACCCACCCUCCGAUCCUCAUUCCUUCAGUACAGGAAAUCAUGAUCCACAAGCAUUCAACCGCUCCCUUGCCCUUCAAGCCUUGCUUGUCCGACAUGAUUGGUGGAAAAACGCCAAUAUCGCUUCGAUCCUCCACUACGUCACAUCCGACACCACCAGCUCAGCUUCCACCUCCUCCAGCACAACCAAUACUUCCAUCACCAGUUCUGGCCCCGGCAUCGUCAACGAGAGAAUCGCCGGCCUCGACAACCGCUGGUACGCUACCUAUACAACCCCCGAACUACCGUACUGGCACAUGAACGGACGUGCCAUCCUAGUCGGUGACGCGGCGCACGCAUUACAACCCAGCUCGGGCCAAGGAGCAUGUCAGGCCCUCGAGGACGCAGAGGCACUGGCAAUGCUAUUGGGUCAUUCCCUACACAAUAUCAACUCCAACUCCAAUUCCGAUUCAGCCCUAUCCAACACCAAAACCAAUACCAAGAACAAGACGAGCACGGACACCAAACCCACGACGACAAAAAACAACGCAGAAACGAAUGUUCAAGUAGAAACGGCAAUAUCACAAGCCCUAACUCAAUUCCAACGUCUCCGUCAACCUCGCGUGCAUAUGAUCUACGAACGAAGCCAACAGAUGAGUCGCAUGAAAGGAGACAUGUCGUUCGUAGCCGAGUGGACAAUGUAUCUAGUUAUAUACAUUAUGAAUUGGUUACGAGAUACCUAUAACGAAACAUUGUUCGACUACGAUUUACCGGCUGAAGUCGAGAGAAUUAUUCAACGGCAAGAGAAUGAUCUGGAAAGGUGA